AUGAACAACAUCAUUGACGAUGAUGUUAAUGGUAGUAAUGGUCAUACAACGACGGGUAUGACAUUACAAUCAAUGCCUGUUGUUGAUGUACCUCAGACACAGACACAGACACAGACUACGACGAUGACGUCGGCAGGCUCCACACCAACAACACCUAGACUGCCGAGGAGUGACUCGUUUGUACAGGAGUUUGAUACAGUGCCACAGAGCGAUGUGUAUACAGAUAUAUAUGGCUUUAGAUAUAGUAUAGCAGAGAGUUCAGAGACGAUAAAGAUCAUGGAGAACUUGGAUAUGGUUGAUAAUGCCGAGCACAAGGAGGAAUGGUUCCAUUUUAUACGCAACCGCUGCGAAGAUGACUGGGACAAGCUUGUUCGUUUGGAGAAUGACAAGUCAUUCCUCGAGCUCCUAAACAGAGGUGUGCCGGCAGUCUACCGCAAGAGGGUAUGGCUGUCAUUCCUCAAGCUCUCCUCACUCGAGGAGUUCAAGAAGGAGUACUUCAAGUUGCUCAAGGAAAAGGAGGAGGAGCCAAAGGCCUAUGACUACAGGACAGAGAUCAAGUUGGACAUUGAGAGGACAUUCCCUACACAUCUGUUGUCCGAGGACAUGGACUUCAAGGAGAAGAUACAAAACAUACUCUACGUGUACAGCAUCAACACUACAAAGGGAUACUGUCAAUCAUUGAACUAUAUUGCAUAUAUGCUACUUCUAAUCGUUAACAAUGAGGAGGAGUCAUACUGGUGCCUGAACCACAUCGCCGACAACAUACUUCCAGACUAUUAUACACCAACGAUGCUUGGUGCACAGAUUGAUCAACAGGUGUUCUAUGACCUGCUAUGUGAGAUGUUCCCAGAACUGAUGAACCACUUCAAGAGCAUCAGUGUUGUCAUCCAAAUUCUAACCAUCGAAUGGUUCCUCUGUCUAUUCUCAACAAUACUACCUGCACAAUACGCAUUGAUCAUAUGGGAUAACUUGUUUGUCCGUGGAAGUAGGGUACUGCUGGAGAUUGGUCUGGCAUUCAUAGAGAUGAACAUAGAUGAUCUGAUGAAAUCAAGGUCUCACUCAGAGGUCGUAUCAAUACUUAACUAUCAACAUAAUCCAGACAAGGUGUUGCUGACAAUCCAGCAAUCGGCCAAGCGAAUAGGAGUUGUACUCUCCAAGAAGAAGAUACAGGAUCUUAAGCUAAAGCAUUGGCAGAUCACCAAGAAGCAGGUCAAAGACAACGAGGAGCUCAAAGAUAUCAAGUACCUCAUGAAGGUCACCUCAUUGAGCAUUGGCAAACUCAAAGGAUUAAAGUCAGAGUUUGAUGUACUUUCACAUGAUGGCACAGGCAUUGGCUAUCUCCAGUUCCAUCAGAUCAUCCUUCGAUUCUUCCCAGACUGGAGAGAGCUGGACGAGAAGUCUGGUGGAAAUCUACGCACACUAAUGGAGAAGAUGUUCAAUGCAAUGGACGAGGACAAUGACAGUCUAUUGAAUUUCAAAGAGCUGGUAAAGGGUAUAUCAAUAUUGUCACAAGGAAAGUUUGAUCAGAAGCUCAGAUUGAACAAGGACUACUUGACAAAGAGUGAGGUCAAGUCGAUGAUUGAGGUGGUGCAUCAGAUAUUCUUCAAGGAUAAGAAUACAAAGGAGUUGAAUGAGAAGUCAGAGUUCUUUUUGGAGAACAUGGAGGACAAGAUCACAUUGGAUGGCUUGAAGCGACUGACACAACAAUAUCCAUUGAUUAUGGAGAGCUUCCAAACGCCAGACUCGCACACCUAUACAUCCACAUCAGAGGUCACUGGCAGUAUCAAGAAGAGAAGCAAUUCAUUCCACUUGCUAGACGAAGAUCGACUUCAACAACACGCAUCAUCAUCAACAACAUCAACAACUACAACCACUCCAUCAUCAAACAAGAACAGCAGGAACAGUGCCAAUGCCAGUAUCAGCAGCAGCAUUGGAAACAACAAAGAUAACAACAAAGAUAACAAAGAUAACAAAGAUAACAACAACAAGGAUAAUGGUGUGGAUGGUGUCGCGACAACUGGUGAUACUCCAUCGAAACAAAAGAAAGAGAAGAAAUCAAGUAGCGAUCCACCCCUUCUACUGCUAAAGAUGCUCAAUAACGCAGCGACCAUUGGUAACAGGGACAAGAACAAACCGCCAGUCAGUCUGUCCAAGGCCAUCGAUGAUGGUCCAUGUAAUUUAAUGUAA